UCGCUCAGUUCGUUGUUUUCCGGCGACGCGAGUGGUUUGUGUCCGUUCAGUGUGUUCCGUCUUCGGGUGUGAGUUUUCCCUUUUUUGAAGAGAAGGUGAGCGGCACAGGUUCAGCAGGUCAGCAGUGUGAAAGAAGAGGCCUUUUUUCCUGCCCGAAUCGCGGUCGAAAUAGAAAGAAUCGCACGGUCCGUCCUUCGUGAAGUGGUGGUCAAUCCAUUGACAAGUGCGGAUGGGAUUGUUCGCGAGUGUUGCGGAAAGUUGAUUAGAAAAAAGUAAAAUUACUCGUUUAAUAAAGUUGCAAGGAAGAAAAAACUGUGUCAAAAAGGUGAAGUGUUUUAAGGAAGAUAAAUCAAGUAUAGUUCUAAGGUCACUCAGCGUACUAAAUAACCUAUCUCAGCGAUGGCAACCUCACCAGCACCGGCUCCAGUCAAGAAAGUGCCAAUUCAUUUACAGAGCGCGCAGAACCGCCUGUACAUCAAACGGGGUCACGUGGUGAACCACGAUGGCAUGCAGCAGGCAGACAUCUACAUCGAGGAUGGAACCAUCAGAUACGUCGGCUCGGGCGCGGACUUUGUCGUGCCCGGCGGCUGCCGCACGAUAGACGCGGCCGGCCUGAUGGUCAUCCCGGGCGGUAUCGAUCCGCACACCCACUUCCAGCUCGAGUUCGGUGGGACCGUCUCGGUGGACGAUUUCUACCAGGGCACGAAGGCGGCGGUGGCCGGCGGCACCACCACAAUCAUGGACUUUGUCAUUCCAAAGAAGGGUGAAUCUCUGCUGGAAGCGUACGACGAGUGGCGGUGCCGGGCGGACACGAAGGUGGUCUGCGAUUACGGUCUGCACGUGGCCAUCACGUGGUGGUCCAAGUCGGUGCGGGACGAGAUGCGCAUCCUGUGCCAGGAACGCGGCGUAAACUCGUUCAAGUGCUUCAUGGCGUACAAGGGCCUCUUUCAGGUCACCGACAGUGAGCUGUACGAAAUCUUCGAGACGUGCAAGGAGUUGGGCGCGGUGGCACAGGUUCACGCCGAAAACGGUGACGUCAUCGCGAAAAACGUCCAGAAGCUACUGGCGGCGGGAGUGACCGGUCCGGAGGGGCACGAACUGUCCCGGACGGAGGAAGUCGAGGCGGAAGCCGUCAACCGUGCGUGCGUCAUUGCACAUCAGACCAAGUGUCCCCUGUACGUGGUGCAUGUGAUGAGCAAGUCGGCCGGUAUCGAGCUCGCACGCGCUCGCCGCCGGUACAACGGGGUCGGCAUCUACGGCGAAACGCUGGCCGCGGCCCUCGGAACCGAUGGGACGAACUAUACGCACGAGUGUUGGCACCACGCGGCCUGUCACGUGCUCAGCCCACCGCUGCGGCCCGAUCCGACCACGCCGGAGUUUAUGAUGAAGUUGCUCGCCCAGGACGACCUCCAGACCACCGGCAGCGACAACUGCACCUUCAACAAGGCGCAAAAGGAGCUCGGCCGCGGUGACUUCACCAAGAUCCCGAACGGCGUCAACGGCGUCGAGGACCGCAUGUCCGUGGUGUGGGAAAAGGGCGUCCAAACGGGGCUGAUCGACCCGCAGCGCUUCGUGGCCAUCACCAGCACGAACGCGGCCAAAAUCUUCAACCUGUACCCGCGGAAGGGCCGCAUCGCGCCCGGUUCCGACGCCGACGUCGUCAUCUGGGACCCGAAGGCGGUGCGGACGAUUUCCGCUGCGACCCACCGGCAGGCGUGCGACUUUAACAUCUUCGAGGGCAUGAAGGUUCACGGCGUGCCGGAGUACGUGAUUGUCCGCGGGCGGGUUUGCGUGGAGAACGGAAUGCUCCGGGUGGCCGAGGGUCACGGCCAGUUCGUGGAGACGCCGGUCAAUCCGCCGUUUGUGUACGACGCGUUGAACGGAGUUACGGAUCGUAACGGGGAUGACAAGGCCGCCCGGAACGGACUCCAGUCGUUGGACCUCAACCAGAAGCACUCGGAUGUGGACAUUCCCGAGCCGUACUCGCUGCCGGAGAAGUACAUUCCGGGGCCGGCGUUGAGUGUGAUUUCCGUCGAUUCGCAGGUCAGCACGCCGCACAGUGCGCGCGGUCACAGGCCCGAUGGAACCAAGGACAUGCAGCAGUCGACGUUCUCGAUCAGUGAGGAACUGGACCAAAGCGAAAACCGCUCGUGCAUCCGCGUCAAGAACCCCCCCGGUGGCAAGUCUUCCGGCUUCUGGUAAACUGAACGGAACGAAGUCGUCCAAGUUUUUCUUCAACAACCAAAACAGCAGUCAGCAGUUCUUUAGAGGCUCCGCGCAUGGACGGGAAGGCUCUUUUUGACAAACCAACCAACCAACAAAUAUUUAUUGAAAUACAAUUACAAAUUUACAUGUAAAAUGUGACAAAAAAAACAAAAUAAAUGCGAGCAAAUUACCACUACAACUAAACACAAACAAACACACUCAACGUCAUAUCUCUCGAUUCGUAACUCUGUGUAAAUCAAUACCAAACCAAUGAGAAAUAAAAACGCUGUCUUUUCAUAACAAAGUAACAAGAAAAAUCAUAAAACUAACUCAACUGAACACUCUCACACACGUAAAAGUGUUUGUUCCCAACAAAACCAAAAAACCAAAUCAGCAAACAAUGUGUACCGUUAGGAUAGUAGUUAAAGUGAAAUACUAAAUUAAAAUCAACCUAUUUAAACUAUUACCUGGUAAGGGCCGAAACCAAAAGAGCAGAUAAUCGUGAACCCGAGUAGAUGUCUCCUUAUAUUACCUUUAAACAAAAAAUUACAAUUAAUCGCGCUGGCUUUCGAAUCUAACUGCAACAGUGAGCUUACGAACAACAAACAAACAAAAAAAAACGCAGCGUUUAACUUAACGAUUUAUUUAUUGCUGCAAGUUGUAAGUCACAACACCCCCUUUUUGUUGCACUAGUUUAAGGAAAAGUUUAUUCUAUAUUAAAUGACCAACUUUUUUUUGGGCAGGCUGAAAUGUGCAAUCAAGAAAAUUAUCCAUACAAGUUCGAAUAGGGUCCUUCCCCGUCCCGGCGGAAGGCUUUUCGAAACUCAUUUGGCUUUUCACUCAUAAGCAAAAAUCACAGUUAAAAGGAAAAUAAUAAUCAUUGCACAAACGCACAAAAAAAAAUCUUCUCUCAAACCCGGAACCGGAAAUUUCCCUGCACACCACAUCAGUUAGAUAGUCGUAACUCUGUUUUCUUCAGCAAGUGUACCUUCUUCCCUUAGUAAGGCGAUUAAGUUUUUACCCCCAAACUACCCCAUUUCUUCGCUAGUAGGGAAAUAUAUCGCGAUCAUGUGUGUGUGUGUGAGUUUCGGGAUGCUUAGUGAAAUUUUUCGGCAAUUAAAAAAUCUUUAACCUCCCACCCCCCCAUAUUCAUAUUGAUCGUAAAUUGAGGAAACAAAAAAAACUAUAUUUAUAGCAAAGCGUUUUUUUCUAGGUUCGCGUUGUUUUCGUUUGCCUAUCCUAUAUUUGUAUGAUGUGAAAACUUGAAACUGCAAAAAAAGCAAAAAUGAAUUUGAAAAGAAGAAAAAAAUACACCGAUGGAAUCGUAGUUUUAAGUUUAGCUUUAGCGUGGCUCUUGUAAUCGUGAGAUCAGAAUAAAACUAAGAUAAUAAAAUGAUAAA